UUAUAGUAUAUAUUUGACCUCCACCAAACAAUUUGUGUCACAUGGGUUAAUCUACAAAGAGGUUCUUAGUAACUGGCAUCUCUCUCGUUUAUUCUCUUCAUUGGUCGACGCAUAAUAUAAGCACUAGGAGUUUAUCUCUAGGCAACGGAGGUUUGUUCUCUUAUGAAGUAUUUCAUGUGGAUUGGGGUAAGUUUUAUGAAAAAAGGUUUGACUUCAAAAUUAUGUUUAAACCUGGUGCUCUUAAGUAAUAAGAUUUACCUUUGUAAUAUGGAAUUUGUUACGAAAAGGUUCAAAUUCUGUAUCUGAGUACGUGACAUUAUAAUCGUAGUUAAGUUGUUUGCAUAAAAACACGACUUUGACUAUUGGUUGGCCAGUCGAAUUAGUAGUGUCAUAGAAGAACGUGUUGUUGCGUGAAAGUGAAUCACUUCUAGAUCUAAUUUCACUAUUAUUGUGACAGUAUCUGUCAAGCUUGUCAGAAAUCAUAAUUUUGUCUACUUCACCAUGUUGCUCCUUUUACACAUCAUAUUACUCUUCUCAAUUCGCCGUCCAUUUUCACGCGGAAAUGAAAAUGCUUCACUUACAAACUUAGAAUUGUGCAAGGUCAGCCAUUACGGCCUCGAAUAUCGGGGAUUUCAAGGCAAAUCGGAAUCGGGGGUUCGUUGUCAACUGUGGGAAACCGACAAUCCCGUGCACGCGGUCGAUAAGAACCUUACGGAUGACAAGUUUCCCGAAAAUUCUAGAGCUCUCGCGAAAAACUACUGCAGAAAUCCCAGCAAGGAUCCGAAAGGUCCGUGGUGUUACACGAUGGACCGUUCGUUAAUAAACGAGACGUGCGGCGUUCUGUUAUGUAGGUAUCUUGAGUGUAGAAUUACCGGACCCGGCAUGGAAUAUGCUGGUUCGCACAAUCGAGGGAGUUCAGAAAGGAAAUGCCUAAAGUGGAAUAAGUCAAGGCAGAAAGUCAAGUACAAGAACACCUAUAUUUCAAUUGAUAAAUUUACAAAAGACAGGUUUCCGGAAGGCUCAUUAAGUGACGCCAAGAAAUACUGCAGAAAUCCCGACGGUGAUUUCGGUGGCCCUUGGUGUUUCAUAGAGCACGCAGAAACAAAUGAAAUUGAACGAGAGUAUUGUGACAUUCCAUUUUGUGAUGUCUAUGAAUCUUUCACCUUUUCGAAGGAUGACUCUGUGUACUCGCACUAUCACACUUUUAACCACACAUUUUCAAACCUCACAUUCGGUAUUAAGCUGUGGGAUUCGGACGAUUACAAUUUAGCCAGCGCUCGCUUGGUUUUGUCAUUGUACGCUUUACCACUGAACCGAAAAGAAUUAAAGGACUCAGAAAUUGGCAUAGAAAUUUUUGUGUCCAAUCGUGAAGUUGGUUUAACGAUUGGAAGCCGAGGGAAGGUGGAACUGGAGCCUUCUAUUGGUAUCAUCAAGUCUGCCACUUUUACAUUUCUCUCGCUUACCUGGAGCUCUGGGUAUAUAACUCUGAGUUAUGAAGGAAAAACUACAUCGUUGUUUAUCAAUGAGUUUAAAACGAAAGGUAACUUGCUGGGUUACUUGAAGGAUCAGUUUUACUUCUACUCCUUUCAAGGAACGAACAUUUUAUGGAAUUUUCCAUUUGAUAAUGCAGAUGCUAUUUGUAACGUGCAUACAACAACAGCAUUAGCAUAUCAGCAUUUUUUCCCUCUGCGUGUGACAGAUACUGGACACGAAUUACGGUUCACAGUGCGCGCGGCACAUUCUGCGCAUAUCCUAUUAGUAACAAACCCACCUACCAACUUUCCACGCAUAGAAUUAAUGCUAAGCAAAUUAGACAAUGUAACUCGUGUAGUAAGCACCGAGUAUGAAAAUGGUCCACGAACCGUUCUGAAAGAGGCAAUCUUCCCUUCCAUUUUAAGUUAUUGGAAAUGGAACGACUUUUCUCUCAUGCUGUUCUCAGACAGCCUCCACGUCUACUGGACGAGAAGUGUCGGAGAGCGUAUGAUUAUGGAUGUAAAGCAUGAGACGAUCAAAAAGCUACGUUGGUAUUCGCCUAGUUCGGCCAAUAACGUCGCCCACUGGACUUUUUAUUGCAAACCGCCACCUUCCGCCAAUCCACCUAAUGCGUGGCCACCAGAGUGCGCCCUAUAUAAGCACGAACCGGAUUAUAAAGGAACUCAGACAGUUACUAGCGAAGGGCUUCCCUGCAUACCUUGGUUGAGUCGUCGAUUGCUACCCAAACUCGAGGAUCUCUUGUCAAAAAGCGAUCAAAACUAUUGUCGUAAUCCAACAAACGACCCCCAAGGAACUUACUGUUACGUUAUAAAUCAAUCUGGUAACAAAGCUGUCCAAAAAAAAUAUUGUAAUAUACGUAGAUGCAAAUCUGCUGAAUGUAAGGUAGCAGGGACUGGUAACGAUUAUAUUGGAAAAUUAAAUAAGACGCGAUCUCGACGUACAUGUAGAAAUUGGAUUAAUGCACUUAGUAACAAUGGAAGGUUCUCGGAGUAUCUUAAUGACACACUAUUUACGGAUAUGACAGUAAAAGAUGCCGACAAUUUCUGUAGGAAUCCCACAAGAAGUAUUGCUGGCAGUUGGUGUUUUACAACAGAUGCGAAUAUUGAACGGGAUGUUUGCAAUGUGCGAGAUUGUAGCAAAUCUGAAAAAUGUAUUAUAUUACUGAGGGAAUAUGAUAAAGGGCGAAAUUUGUACAUUCUCCCACAGUGGAAAGAAACAGGCCCAGACGGCGGCUUGUUCUUUUCCCUGAAGCAAUGGAAUCCUGAUAAUCUGGGCGGAAUGGCAAUUGAAAUAACAUCAAAAGAUGGAAGACAACAUUUAAGACUCUUUAUCGGAACACAGGGUAAUGACAAAUUGGUUCUCUACUAUGGGACAACUUUACUUAAACAUUUUACUGUACCACGUAUAAUACCAUCCGGACGAUGGGCAUCUUUUUGGCUACAAGUCAGAAAAGGCGAAGUUCUAUUGGGAUACGAAGGAUUGACCGAUGCGAUUUUUGAGUGGAGAGACCCGGAGUCGAUCUACGCGUUUGAACCGUUUUUUUUAAACUAUCAGUCAUUGGAAGGCUUUCCAAUCGGAAUAUCGUUCAAAUGUGACAGUUGCCACACGGAGGUCACCGAUUCCACGUUAAAUUCGUCCAAAAUUCUACCCAUCGGAUUAUGGUCCCAAGAGGAAGACGUUUUGAACAACAAUUUAACGAUAAACAUAAGAGGAUUCGGUACACUAUCGGUUAGAUUCUUCACGUUUCCUGACUCAGAUUCUUAUCACUCAUUGGUGUUCGAUAAUACAAGGAAAACGUUGUCGUUUAUAGAACACACCAAAGAUUUUCACAGCCAUUUCGUUAACCAUACGCUCUAUACUGACAGUACGUGGACCAAGGUAGUCGUGUUAUUUUCCGAAAAGGCUAUCACAGUUCUCAUAAACAGUACUGCCACAAUGAGCUACACAACCAAUUCGGGUUUACUUAUUUAUUGGUUCACUGUAGUUGUUAAAAAUGGUGCCAUUACUUGGACGGCAAAUUGCAAUCCCCCCGACAUCGACGGUAAACCAUUGGAUGGGGGUUGGUCCCACUGGUCAGCAUGGCACUGCACCGUAACUUGCGGAGGGGGUGAGGGUUACAGAACUCGCACUUGUACAAAUCCCUCGCCCAAUAUCUUUGGGAAACUGUGUGAAGGACCAUCAGUGUCGACUGGAAUAUGUAACGACUUUGAAUGCGGAGAUAUAAGCUUGGAAACCAUGGAGAAAAUUCGUGAGAAUCUUCGAACAAUGCACUUCAGCUUUGUUAUCACCGAAAAUAGUGGACUCACAAUUGAAAAUGAUCACGAACUUCUAAAUGUAAUUUCGGCCCAAUCACCAGAAGCUUACUAUGAGUGGACUUGGAAUGGUUUGCCUCUGAAAUUUGAUGAGGAACGUCUCAAGUUCAAGGAUGACAACAUAAUUAUUCAAAAUGCCAAUGUAGGGGAUACAGGAGUGUAUGUUUGCAUGCUGUAUCGGGUGAAUAAACAGAAACUGGUGUUGAGAGUUGCAUCUCUUUCUGUAUUAACCUCAAACUAUUUAAUCUCUACUCGAGCAACUCUCGAUCUUACUUUACAUUCAAAUGCGGUUGUAUUAGGCUACGUAUAUUCCGAUUUGCGACAAAAAUGGUUGUUGAAUGAUAGCAUGUAUCUUGAUUACGGUAUAACAACAUUAUCAGCUGUAAACGUUGAGCGUUUAAAAGAUAUAAACCAAUCCCACUCGGGCUUAUGGAAAUGCAUCGUGGAGCAACGGGAUUUGAAGCUUCAAUGGACCACGAACGUACUGAAGGUGGAAGUGAAAUCUGCACCGAACAUAUACACUUAUUUGAGGGAGGACAAAUUGACCUCGCCAAUAUUUUCGUGGUUUGAAAGCGAUGAGCAAGUUAAAGCGGCCUUAAUAACCACAGUUGUUAUUGUCUGUCUAUGUGUCCUUUGCGGUGUAUAUAUUUAUUUCAAAUUCUGUACGCUUCCCAGCAAACCUAAAGUCAACAAAAAAAGGAAUCGACGGUUUCAUAAAUAAUUGUUUAUUAUAGUCGAGUAUUUCAGCGAUUGACUUGUAAUGGCGGAAUAAAACAAUCAAUACAAACAGUUGAAGUUUUUAAGUUAUGAAAAAAAUGUUGGACACGUCCAUUAAUAUUUUCACUUGCGCGUUAUUUUCGAUUAAAAAUAUUAUAUGCAGGGUGUCUCAAGUAGGAGAUAAGACAUGGGCAUUAAUUUUUUAAUGUAACGCCCCGUAUAUUGUGUGUCGGGGGCAGUCCGAAGCUCGCUUGACGUUUGUCCCGUUGUACUCAUAAGCUUUUUAGGUGCAGCUCGUCUCACCAUUAAUCGUCUCAAAGCCGAGUCAUGUCCAGACUGUUAGCAAUUUCCAAAUGAACACCACGAACUGCCCCACAAAACCAAGAGGAUCGAACACUGAUAUGACGACACUCAACAGUUCCCUCUUGGUUGCCAUUUGUUUCCUAUCUGCUUCAUACUCAGCUAGCUUAAACUAGCUAGGCAUAAACUUUGAUGACGCACUCAUGAGCCUCGCCGCCGUUUCCCCAUCAUCCUCACACGUUACAAUCCAAAUAAUCGUCCAUAUAGUGAGGUUGAAUGAUCGCUUUAACUACUCUCGGGUGAUCUUUCUCAAAUUCUAUAGAGUUUCUGUUUUUGACAUGCGGAGGAUGGCGACUCCAAAUAUCAUCUGCCACUCCUCAACAGGUUGCGAUUUGUCUUUCCUCCAGAGGAACCUUUGCGCAUUUCUGAUGUCUUUGUCUCAAAUGAGGACCUGGUGGAACAUCUCUUCAAUAUCAACCGUAAAGACAACUCUUUUCAUCCUCAACAGCAUCAAAAUCACUAGAAGGGAAUCCAGCAAAUCAGGACCUGUAAGUAGAUUGUUGUUGAGACUGACUCCGUGGAUCUUCGCGGGCGUAUCUACAACCACUCUGAUUUUAUUAGUCUUUUUGGGUUUGAAGACUCCAAAGUGGGGCAAAUCGCAAAUACCAUGCCUUGCCCAUAUCAACUUUUUGAACAUUUGUUCACUGUGAGUCAUCUUGUCUCGGUAGAGCUCGCGCCAGAGAAAGCCUGUUUCGCAACGUCCCGAGUCAACUCUCCUCAUUGUUAACUGUAUGAUAUGCUCCGCACGCUUGUCUCCUUGAUCGCGGCCGAUCAUCCUUGACACUACUCCAAAUUCCUCUGAACUCAUGAAUUCUCGCAUCAUUUCUUCAAUUGGUGUUUUCUUCUGAGCUAUGAAUAAGGAUAUCUUAUUUGUGCUUGCCUCGCCAGGCCAGUGUGUCCAUCUUACACCUUUAUACCCACGGAGCGUUCUUUAUUGGAGGCUUAAUACAUUCUUUUGGAAUGAUGAAUGUUAUCUUGCCCUAUCAGGAUUUAUGUCUCACUCAUUCUCUCGGACAAGCUCACUUUCUGCACAUGUGGCCCACGAUCCAGCAGUCUCUUGAUCUUGAUGCAUUGGUAAGUGAUGUACAAAUCUCUACUGAGUACUGCCUUCACUCUUUCGAGAGAAAAGAACUCAUCUUCUAACUCUCCAUUGACCAGGAUUGCGGUUCCUUUCUGUCCAAUGGAUUUGGUCUAGGAAAGAAUGUAGGGAAUCUCUUUCCCUUCAGGUCCAAGCUAGGCGACUAGACUUUGCUCCAUUAUUGUAGUUAUUGAGCGAUCAUCCAGAUCCAACAUGGCCGUUAACCAAAUUGGGCUAUAAAGCCGGAGGUCGUGUGUUCGACCCUGGGAUGAGGUAAGAAUUUUUCAUCUGUGACAGAUGUGGGAAUUUCCUUAGACCAGUUUCGAGCACUCUGCCAGCUACUCCGAAUUAGGUUUAACUGCAGGUU